AUGGAAAAGAAGGGAAACGGAAAGAAGAUUCGAUAUUUGAACACAAAUUUCAAAUUUCAUGCACAUGCUGCAGGUAAUCCAAAUAAAAUAUCUCACCUUUUGGAACUGCAAAGUUUGGGAAAAUUGGAGAUCUUUGGGGCAGAUUUAAGAGUUGAAGAAGAUUUUGAUGCUCCUAUUUCUGGCUGUGAACUUGUAUUCCAAUUUGCUACACCUGCCAGCUUUGCUUCUGAAGAUCCUGAGAAUGACGUGAUCAAACCAGCAAUCUUAGGCGUAUUGAAUGUGUUGAAAGCAUGUGCUAGAGCAAAAGAAGUCAAACGAGUCAUCUUAACAUCUUCAACUGCUGCAGUAACCGUUAACAAACUCAAUGGGACAGAUUUAGUCAUGGAUGAAAGCAAUUGGACAGAUGUUGAGUACUUGAGGACUGCAAAACCUCAUGGUUGGGGAUAUCCUGCCUCUAAAGCACUGGAAGAGAAAGCUGCAUGGAAAUUUGCUGAAGAAAAUCACAUUGAUCUGAUCACUGUGAUACCUACUCUCACAACUGGUCCUUCUAUCACUAAAGACAUCCCCACCAGUGUUGUGUUGGCUACGUCCCUUAUAAUAGGGAAUGAUUUCUUCCUUAAGGCUUUCAAAGAUAUUCAAUUGCUGUCAGGUUCAAUAUCUAUCACACAUGUGGAGGAUAUCUGCCGUGCGCAUGUGUUUUUGGCAGAGAAAGAAUCAGCUUCUGGCAGAUACAUUGUCUGUGCUCAUAAUACCAGCAUUCCUGAACUUGCAAAGUUUCUAAGAAAAAGAUACCCUCAGUUCCAAAUUCCAACCGAAUUCGAUGAUAUCCCCUCCAAGGCAAAGUUUGUCAUCUCUUCAGAGAAGCUUGUAAAAGAAGGGUUCAGAUUCAAGCAUGGAAUUGAAGAAAUUUUUGAACACAGUUUGGACUACUUAGGCAGUAAGGGGGCACUCAAACUAAAUUUUGAUCAUUUUGAUCAUUCUAGUUAAGUACGACUCAGUUAUAGCAUUCAGUGUGUAAAUUCUAUCUUUUUUUAUUUAAGUCAUUGUCAGUACAAUAGUUUUAUAGCUAUAUAAAAAGGAUAAAGUCCUA